AUCACGUGACAGCAACCUGUCUACAACAAACUCCGCGGGGGUUCCGGCGCUAACUUACUUUACCUGUAUGAUAAGGGGCUGUUUAACACUUCCUAGCAGGUGUACUAAUUACUGUCUUGAGUGAAACACCAUGCAUCGGUCGUACCAAUCCAUCCUGCCCACACACAACAAACUCCUACAGAGGAGAUGGGACAGCACGUACUACGACGAGCACAGAAAGAAGGUUGAGAGCGCUAAGCCAACCAUUGACACAAGAUCACCACAAACCUAUGUUCACCUACAUCUCAAGCUUAAAAAACUUCAGCUUGAAGAAGAAAGACUUGCCAUCAUAGAGAGGGACAAUAGAAUUCUUUUGGAGAAAAUGUCUUACAUUAUGAGGACCAAAGGUCGAAUUGACAACAGGAAUAACUAUGAAUAUAAAAGCUUAAACCGCGAGAGGCGGCAGCGUGAGUUGUUGAGGGUGACUAGAGAAAACCAGGAAAUUCUCAGGAGAAUCAACAUGAGAAAACCAGAGUACAGCCAUGAGAAGUGGCAGUCAGACUGGGAAGAAAAUCAGAAGUUUAUGGACAACAUUUCUGCCUUCCCACCUGAUUGGUGGGUGGAGGAGAAGAAAACUCCCAGGAAUUCAAGGAGCGCAACUAGCCAGAAAAGGAAAGAUGAAAAUGAGGAGGAUACCAGCGAACAGGAAAAGAAAGAAGAGGAAGAGAAUAGUGAAGAAAAAGAUGAUGAUAAUAAGACAACAGAGAAGAAGAAUAAAGACAAGGAGAGUAAAGAGAAACAUGAGAAAGAUGUAAAAGAAAAAGAAGCACAGAAGAAGAAAGAUAAAGGUGAAACCAAGAAGAAAACUGUUGAAAAAUCAAAGGAUAAUGAGAAGAAAAAAGAUGAAAAAGUGAAAACAGAUGAAAAGAAAAAAGAUGAAAAAGUGAAAACAGAUGAAAAGAAAAAAGAUGAAAAAGUGAAAACAGAUGAAAAGAAAAAGGAUGAAAAAGUGAAAACAGAUGAAAAGAAAAAAGAUGAAAAAGUGAAAACAGAUGAAAAAGUGAAAACAGAUGAAAAGAAAAAAGAUGAAUCAGAGAAAAGUGACGAGAAGAAAAAUGAUGAAAAAGUAAAACCUGAUGAAAAGAAAAAAGAUAAGAAAGUGAAAGCUGAUGACAAUGUCAAAACUGACGAAAAGAAAAAAGACGAAACAGAGGAUGAAAAAUCAACAGAAGAAAAAUCUAAGCCUGAUGAAAAGAAAACAGAUGAAAAACCCCAUGACGACAAAAAGAAAACUGAUAAGCCAAAGGAAGCCAAGAAAAAAGAAACCAAUGAAACAACUGAAGAUCAGCAAGGUGAAGUGAAGGUAGUUAGUUCAGAUGAUGAACCAACAGCAGCUGAUCAGAAGAAAAAUGAAUCUGAAGCUUAAACCAAAGUGUUCCCCUCCCCCUUGUUUAUCAAUACUCGUAGAUGUCCGUCCUAUGCUAAUGAAUGUUGAUGUCAAAAAUUUUGGCAAAGGAUAUUAGCAUGACUAAUGAAUUUAUGUAUUUUUAUGUAAACUGAUUUAAGUCCAAUGUUAUUAAAAUAAAUUUCAUUUUAACAUUAUAUGGAUAAUUUUUUGUAACAUUGCUGCCAAGUUCAUAAAAUUGUCCCAAUUGGCUGUGUUUUAAAAUAAGUUUGCUAAGAUAUUGAAUCUAUUCUGAGAAUUGUAAACUAUUCAACUCUUUACAAGUUAGAGGAACCUUAUAAUUUAUUCAAAUGUAUAACCUGCUCAAAUUUAUAAAUUGUAUUGCUUUCUGUGCAUGUCAAUAUCACAAAGUGUUUUUAUGCCAUCAUGUUAUCAGUAUUCUAUUUAUAUUUUGUCAGUCACAUUCUAGAGUUUGAAAACAAAACUAUUUUAUGCUUGGCUGUUAAUCUACUAUUUUAAGUUUGUAAACAUUUUGUUGUUUUUGUACAUUCGUUUCUAAAAUAAUGUUUUUUUUUUCUACCUUAUUUUUUGGCCUGUCU